CCGGGGUCAACACGUACAUGCGAGAAAAGUGACAGCAGAAACGACCCGUCGCCUCCGGGGCUGAUCACAAUCGGCUCUGUUCAAUCGUAGUUUGGCUUUGACAUUUUUCCUUAUCUUCGCAAACUGUUCGUCCUUCAGCACCGAGUUCACGUUAAAAAUGGUGUUUUACUUCACGAGUGCCGUGGUGCAGCCUCCCCACACGAUCUACAUGGGAAAGGACAAGUAUGAAAAUGAGGAUCUGAUCAAGUAUGGGUGGCCUGAAGACAUCUGGUUUCAUGUGGACAAACUGUCUUCGGCUCACGUCUACCUGAGGUUGCCGAAGGGUCACACCAUAGAUAAUAUCCCUCCGGAGGUGCUGAUAGACUGUGCACAGCUGGUGAAAAACAACAGCAUCCAAGGCUGCAAGAUGAACAACAUCAACGUGGUUUACACACCGUGGGCCAACCUGAAGAAAACCGGAGACAUGGACGUAGGACAGAUCGGAUUCUUUCGUCAGAAAGAGGUGAAGAUCGUGGCGGUGGAGAAGAAGGUCAACGAGAUCGUGAACCGCUUGGAGAAAACAAAAGACGAACGCUACCCCGACCUGGCGGCGGAGAGGGAGUCGCGAGACCGAGAGGAGAGGAACGAAAAGAAAGCUCAGAUCCAAGAACACAGGAAGAGAGAGAAGGACGAGCAGAAGAAGAGAAAAGAGGUGGAGGAACUCAGGAACUAUUCAUCACUGAUGAAGGAUGAAAAUAUGACGACUAAUGAGGACGGCAACGAUUCGGAUGACUUCAUGUAAGACGUGAGCGUGAGGUAGCAAGCAGACAAGGAGACUCCCCCCCGCACCACUCAGAUCUGCCGUCAGGACGCUCCCUCGCUGCUUUUGCUUGCACUGACAUUUGGGGAGGGGGGGGGACGGCAGCGCCGGGAGUUAUCCCACCACCAGACUGGUUCAAACGCUGCUUCCAAACCAAACCAAGCCGGCCGAGCUCUUCAUCACAGAGUAACACUGCAGAGGAAGAACGUAAGAUGACAGGAACAAUGAGGGUCAUUUUGGGGUGAAUCGCUCAAAACAGCCGAUCAGUGUUUGACUGAAUCAUAUUGAUAUGUGAUGUCACCGGUGUCUUUAUGGCUGUUUCAACAACCCUGCAAACCUGACGACUACUUAACCAUCUGCUCACUUUUUUUCAUGUCAUCAUGUCUCUACCUUUCAAGAUUUUCUUUUUUUUUGAUACAAGCAAUGUAUGAAUUAAACUCACAUUUACUAAUUGGUGCUGCUUGUACUUAUGUUGACAAGCCUUUAUAUUCUGUUUGUAAAGCAACAAAACCUUUUCUUUUUUGAAAAAUCUUUCAUGCACAAAUUUCCGGCUGCCUCUGACAUAUCCUAAAUCUCAAAGUGACAUUUUUACGUUAUUCAUUUUUGUUCAAUUAAGUUUCCAAAAUCCAAGGUGAGUGAGUUUUUCUGAUAAGACACAAAGGCAGAUAAUUCCUGUGAGAAAGCAACCGUGAGAAGUUUGACUUUUUUCCUUGACAGUCUAUCACAUGAAAAAACAAUAGUUGCCGAUUUAUUUCCUGCCAGUUGACUGAUCAAUUAAAAAUAUGUUUAUAACAUCCA